AGAAGAAGAAAAACGCCGCUGAACCGGACGUACUUUACAAACGUGACCUUUCCGCUAGUGCUGACCUAGCUCUAUUAAACUGAAAUACACAGAUAAGCCUAAUGUGCUCAGGGAAUAUUUUCUAACAAACAAAAUACAAUAUUUGUCUGCGGUCUGAUAAACGUGCAGUAAACGGCACACUAGCGCCAUGAGUACUAUGUUUGCAGACACGAUUCUGAUCGUUUUCAUCUCCGUGUGCACAGCGCUUUUAGCAGAAGGAAUUACCUGGGUUUUAGUGUAUCGUACCGAAAAGUACAAGAGGCUAAAGGCUGAGGUAGAAAAACAAAGCAAAAAGCUUGAGAAGAAAAAGGAAACCAUCACAGAAUCUGCAGGACGUCAACAGAAGAAGAAAAUUGAAAGACAAGAAGAGAAGCUGAAGAACAACAACAGAGACCUGUCCAUGGUGCGCAUGAAGUCCAUGUUUGCCAUCGGCUUCUGCUUCACAGCUUUGAUGGGCAUGUUCAACUCCAUUUUUGAUGGAAGAGUAGUGGCCAAAUUGCCGUUUGUGCCGCUGUCUUACAUCCAGGGACUGUCUCAUCGCAACCUGCUGGGCGAGGAUUACACUGACUGCUCCUUCAUCUUCCUCUACAUCCUCUGCACCAUGUCCAUCAGACAGAACAUUCAGAAGAUGCUGGGUCUUGCGCCUUCCAGAGCUGCAACAAAACAGGCUGGAGGCUUCCUGGGACCUCCCCCCCAAGCAGCUAAGUUUUCCUAAUCAUCGGACAGGUUCAAGAGUGCUGUUCCAUCACUGCGACUGUGUGCAGUCAUGGCUUCCUCAUCAGACCACAGACACGACUGUUUCAAGCUGUGCCGGAGCAAACAUAUUCUCUAUUGUAGCUACUGUAUCACUACCCUCUGUUUGACUUCUAAUACACGUGUUGUUUAUUUAACUUUCAGAUUGUCUUAUGUAGAAAUUAGAAGAAAAGUUGUUCUUAAUUAUAUUGAUUACCAAAGGAUACAAAUGUCUACCUUGUAUUCUGUGCAACCAUAUGUUGUUUUUGGAAUUUUAAUUAUUAAUUGGCACAAUAAACAUCUGAUCCAUUUGUCAGUAUUAUUGUAUAUCAUUGUCUUUCACUUCUUGCAAAUUAAUAAAGUUUUAUGAUCAUGUUUAA